AUGCCGGUUUUCUUGAUUGACGGAAAAAGCUAUCGAGUUCCGUUACUGUCAUCCUGGAGGAAUCCCAGGAUUCUUUUCAGAGAACCACCAAUGGCAAUCGAAGCCAAACCUACCCGAUGGACUCCAGCAGAAGAUGCACUUCUCAAGGAACUCAAAGCGUGUCAUACACCAUGGCAAUCGAUAUCCAUCGCCAUUGGACACAGACCAGUCGCCGAACUCAAAAGACGCUGGGACGAUCUGGGCCGCUACGAGAACAACCAGAACCGGCCUCUGAACGGGAGAUCUUACAGAAGGAAAUUCUACGAGAAUCCUCCGAGCAUGGGACCGUCGGGAGAUGAGGAGGCUCCGCGUAAUGUGUCCUUCUCCGAUCCGUUGAUCACCGGGGGCGAUAUGGAUUAUGUCGGUAGCCGCUCGUCCCUAGAGACUAAGAGAGUCCUUUAUAUCGAUCGCGACUUGUCGUGGCAAGAGGCCGUUCUGCUACAUCAGAUCGCGGCCGGAUGGGAGAAAGAACGGUGGGUGGCAAUCAGUAGCCGGUUCAAUGAUAGGACCGGACGAACCAUUACCCCGGAACAGGCGAAAUCAGUUCUUGAUCACUAA